AUGCAAUUCUCCCAGGUAACCUUGAGCCCGAAACCUGAUCAGAACCCGACCACCAUGGCGAUGCGCCGAUUUUUUCUCAAGGGAGAAUCCCUUGAUCAUACAGAAGAUGAAGUUGAUGAUUAUAAUACAAGUACAAUACUGCACGAAGCAGUGAUUGCUUGUUGUUAUCCUGCGGUUGAAUACUUUGUUCAGUGCGCCGCAAUUCCUCUUAUGUUACGUGAUAGGGCUGGAAAAACGCCACUCGAACUUGCUCUUGAGGCAAAGAAGAGUCACCUAAAACCAUGGAAACUACUUCAAAUCAAGGCAAUAGUGGGGAUCCUUUCCAAAACCUCAAAAUCAAAGGCUCGUGUAUCUGCGUUACCUCUGGGAUGGGAAUCUCUCCAACUUAGAGAUGGUGUCGAUGUAUUUUUUGAAUCGACGGUGAACCCAAAAAUUCCAUCGUUGACGUUUCAAGCUCCGAAAUUCAGUCUUUUGCAAGAAGCUCGGAUACCACUCGGAUCUAGGAAUUAUGGUCAUGGAGGUCUGACAUAUAAUUUUGAUCUAGUUCGUUUUAUGCACCGACCUUUGCUAGAUCGGCUGAAAGAUGCUCCCAUCAAAUUCGGCGAUAAUUGGUACGAAUCUGAAUGCCCAGGACUUCAUUCCUCUGUGGGAGCCUCCAUGAAGAAACUCUGGAUUCGAGUGAUAAUUCAAAUCUUCAAUGCCGCUAGGGUUGUUCUUUUCCGAAGCUAUCUCAAUAUCCUGCUGAUAUUUCUACCAAUAACCCUAUUUCUCUCAAGAGAUAAAGAGCAAAAUAGCAUUUUACUGGCCAUUUCUUUGUUGGCAGCAGUACCUAUUAUAGGGAGUCUAGAAGCUGCCCUCAAAGAUCUCCAUCCUGUGCUACAAGACUCCACUAACCAGACGCUAAUCUCGAGAACCGGUAGCUGUGCUGCUGAAGCCUGUAUCGGUAUUAUAACAAUUAACCGGGGGGACACUGAACUCAUCAAAUAUCUUCUUGCUGGUACUGUUAUCUGUAAUCAGCUGCUCAUACCCGGCAUUUGCUUUGUUGCUGGCGGUAUUCAUAACAUUAGGGCUGGGACGUCGAUGGGCAUAGAACAACGAUUUAACGACACAAGUAUUGCUCUAACCUCCACACUAGCCGUAAUAGCAUCGGUGUUCUCGACGAUUGUUUUCUUUUUCGCAGAGACGCAAGAUACUUCCUCCCCGCGAUUAGAAGCAGACACCAUAUUCUUAUCCCGAGCAAUUGCUAUCGUGUCCCUUGUUCUAUUUGUAAUAUGGCUUGUCUUUCGACAUUAUACUCACACCUAUAUCUUCAAUGAGGACUUUCGAGAUGGAUACGAUGAUGAGCAUAGUCGUCCUAAUGUUGCAAUUUCUCGUUUCACUAACACACUUGUGGCAAUCAUUUUCAUUGUUUUAUUGGCAAUGCAAAGUCGUAUCAUUGUGGCAUCAUUACAAGGUUUUGAUCCCAAAAGCAAACGUGCUUUGGCUUUUGUUUGCAUACCACUCCUUCUUCGCUUUUCUAAACAUGUCGAAGCUUUCAAGUCGUCAGUCAAAGAUGAUAUGGAUCAUACAUUAGACUUGACCUUGGGGUUUACGGUGACAAUUGGCCAUUUUGUAGGCCCUUUGCUGGUUGUACUGUCUUGGUCCAUGGGCAAAACGUCGACCCUGCUUUGUGAUUUAUACUGCACAACAGUCAUCGCGCUCAGCAGUCUCAUAAUCAAAUACAUAGUUACGAAUGGGAAAUCUAAUUGGCUCAGCGGAAUGUUAUUGAUCGUGGUUUAUACCCUCAUCAUAUUUUGUGGUUUCUUAAUAUAGAGAAAGACGGAGAGUUUCGAUUUGCAAGUUGCUUAACACCACGUCAAGGCACACAAUCCAACUGGAAGAUAUCAAUUUAUAUUAUGGCUAUAUGUGAUUUCCUAUCAAUGCUGGAUAUUUUACUUAGCAUGGGCUAUUGUUGAAACGCAUUAGUAUUACCAAAGCUUCACAUCAUGGAAACAAUGGAUUGGCCGAAUUUAAGUUGUAAACCUUGCAUAGAUUAAUCUUCUACCUAUAUAUUGAUCCUUCCAUCAAAGAUUCUACAGCCAAACGGCAAGCCCCAUACCCAUGAGUGCAACGUAUCACUACCUCUAGACUCGUAUAGGAAUUACGAUCACUGUUCGGCCAGUCAAAGCUGAGCAUCCCAAGAUGGAUUGUGGUUAGCCAUAUUAGCCCUCAAAUUUUCUUGAAAUCUCCUAUCUUGCUUCGUGUCUCUCCUUUCAUCUGCGCCGGCCCGUGUGAGUUGAUAUUCGACGUCUUGAGCGCAUUUGUCGAUUAUACUUUGUAUAGCACGGGCUCUAGUAGAGCUGAGGGCUAUUUUGGGCGAUCUGAAUAAGGGAUAACCAUUAAGUUGGACAGAAACUUAAAGAUCUAGGUUGGAUGUCAUUAUGAUGUUUGGUGUUGGGAGCGUCGAUGUAGAUAUUAGUUGAAUUAUGGUCACUUUGUGGCUGCCUGUAAUUUGUUGAAUUUAAAAUAGGAAGAAAAAGCUCAGCAUGAAAGGAUCAU